AUGGAGCAAACUUUCAUGACCAUUCACAACCUUUCUCCCGAAGCCAAUAUCCUCUUCGCCUCCGAGUCGAUCUUCGAUAUUCUCGGCUAUCACCCUCGCGAGGUGCAGGACAGAUCUUGCUUUGAAUACUUCCACCCUGAAGAGGUGCCUUUUGCCCGCUCCGUCCAUAACCGCGGCGUUCAACUCGACAAGGCGGCAGUCCUUCACUAUGCUCGCAUAUUGUCACGCGACGGCGAGUGGGUCAGCUGCGAGUGCUGCUUCACAGUCGUCCACGAUGUUCUAGUUGCCUGUACCAGCGUGUAUCGGCGAGGCGAGAAGAGUGAGAGACGCGCCAUUGAAGCGCCUCAGAUCCGACGGCUCUUCUCGAGCUCUCCUCGUGAUCCUCGAUAUCACAUGCUAGAGCACCUAUCCCCCAAGUUCCGGACCCAGCCGACAGAACGGGAACCCAGAGCCGCUCUCAUCGUGAACCGAUUUACCAGGACACUGACAGUCAUGUUUGCGACAAACGCCGUAUCUACCAUUCUUGGUGUACGUCCUGACCAGAUCAAAGACAAGAGUUUCUAUGAAUGUAUCCAGGAAAACUGUCUUCCCGAUGCCAUACGAUGCCUCGAGAGCGCCAAGGCAAACGACUCGAUUGCCUAUCUGCGCUUUUGGUACCGGGACCCCCGCCGAGAAGAAGACUUCGACGAAGAGGAUGAUGACGAGGAGGAAGAUGAACGUCGAAGCAUCAACUCCAGCGACUCGGAAGGGGGAGGAGCUCGGCUGUACACCCAGAUGGACAUCGAUAUCGAACCCUCUAGCCCGAAGAUCAAGAUGGAGCACGAAGACUCUCAACACUCCAUGUCUAGCAUCAGUUCCGCCUCCAACGCAGUUGCCAUGGAGUCUGGUUCCAGUAGCGGCGCCUACCAGACCCCUCCCAGCGCCGGUUCGCGCACAGGGCCAAGCCGUCCCAGUCCCGAGUCUGGCCCUACACCCCGUGCCCGCCGAAGACGCACACCCGUUGCUCCAUUGGAGCUGGAGGCCGUCGUCUCAUGCACGUCGGAUGGGCUUGUCGUUGUUCUUCGUCGUGCCCGUCCUCCCAUUCCAGCCUCACACCCGCCGCUGCCGCCUCUUUACGACGACGCUGCCAAGGCCGUCGGCGGUCCGCCUCUGGAUCAGCUUAUGAGUUCGAUCCGAGACGUUGCUGUCUUCGCCUGGGCUCUCAUUGGUAUCAACGGGAACCUUGCGACCUACACCAGAGGCUUGCCUCGAGGCGAGGCUCAACCCCCGGACGGAAUCCCCAUCUGGGACCCAAAUGCCAGCAACGAACUAUCCUACCUAGGUCCCGAAAACCAAGCAGUGCAGCGUUGGGCUGAUUAUGAAAAGGGCAAAACCAGCACUCUGGGUCAUGGGACAUAUGCGAACAAUGUAUAUCACCGUGGGCCCCCUGAGAACCAGCAGCGACAGCACGAGUUGUCGAUGGCGAAUGGCAACAUGGGCGGAAACUACACCUUUGCAAGCCAGUCACAGCAACGCUGGAUGGAUCAUGAGCAAGGCGCGGCUCAUGGCUCUCGGCCGGGGCACGAUCAUAAUGGGCAUGCGCCGCCCUUGGGAGGGCAACACCAGCAUAGCCACACGCAAGUUGAUGAUGCUCAGUCAUAUCGACAACACCACCAAGCUGCACCUGGCUUCCCGCCGGCAUUUGGGCACAAUCAGCAGCCUCAACAGCAAUAUCUCCAGUGGGGAAAUGGCGAGCAGAACCCACCCCCGCCAUCGUACCAUAGUAAUGACGGCUAUGGUCCGCCAUCGACACAGGCUGGGCCUACCAAUCCUCCGAGCAAUGGGCAACGCUUUUAUUGGCAGUGA